AUGGCGGCUGCAGAACAUGCGAUCACACUCAAGAAUGAUAUGUCAAUGGAACUCCCUACACUUCCACCCAAUCAGGGGGUUGAGGCGUUUAAGGAUAUAAUGUUCGGGUCCACAGCAGGAAUGGCUGGAAAGGUCAUAGAGUACCCUUUUGACACGGUAAAGGUGCGGCUACAGUCUCAACCCGACCAUUUACCUCUUCGAUACAAGGGGCCAAUAGACUGCUUUCGGCAGUCAUUCCAGGCCGAUGGAUUUAGAGGAUUAUAUCGAGGUCUCAGCGCUCCGAUGGCCGGUGCUGCUAUAGAGAAUAGCUGCUUGUUCUGGAGUUAUCGCAUGAUCCAAGAUGUCCUAAAGUCAACAUAUUACUCUUCGACGGACCCAUUGCCUUUCUCAGCCUUACUGGUCAGUGGUGCUGCAUCUGGGUCCAUCACUUCGCUUGCUCUCACUCCCAUUGAACUUAUCAAGUGCAAAAUGCAAGUUCCUCUGGAAGGUUCCAGUGCAAGGGCUAGUCCACUGGCUUUGGUCGCAUCUAUCUUCCGCCAAGAUGGUAUCCUGGGAUUUUGGCGAGGGCAGCUGGGCACUCUCAUUCGAGAGACUGGUGGGGGUGCCGCCUGGUUUGGCGGCUACGAGGGAGUUUCAGCGCUUUUCCGAGCAUAUCCCACACCCGCUUCAAAAGGCGGUUCAGAGCAUCAAUCGGCUUCUCUCCCGCUUUAUCAACAAAUGAUUGCUGGAGCAGCAGCUGGUAUAAGCUACAAUUUUCUAUUUUAUCCGGCAGAUACAAUUAAAUCCCGCAUGCAAACAGAAGAUAUAACUCACGGCUCAAUUAAUGGCCGACGACAAACUUUCUGGGGCGCCGGCAAAGCUCUAUGGAAGCAACAAGGGCUCAAGGCCUUGUACCGAGGCUGUGGGAUAACUUGCGCGCGAUCAGCACCUAGUUCAGCCUUCAUUUUUACAGUCUACGAAGGACUACGGAGUUAUUUUGGAUAA